AUGGGAUUGACGUCAAAACUCGAUAAGUUGAAAUUGAGAUCACUGCAUGAUAGCAGUGGAUCUUCGGUCCCAUCUUCAACUCAGGAAGGGUCCAAAACGACGCCGGCGAAACCGGAUGAUGCUUCAGGAGUGAACACAGACGACAUAGAUGAGAUUGACAACGAGGGGCAAUCCAUUUUAUCAGGCAUUAUAGCCCAGUUGCGGCCAGGGUGUGAUUUAGCGAAAAUCACCUUACCUACAUUCAUUCUUGAGAAGAAGUCAAUGCUAGAGAGAAUCACUAAUUUUUUCCAAAUUCCAGAUGUAUUAUUUCAAGCUAAUGAUACUGAGGAUGAGUUAGAGCGCUUUUUAUUAAUGGUUAAAUGGUAUUUGGCUUCCUGGCACAUUGCACCCAAGGCAGUGAAGAAGCCAUUAAACCCUAUUUUAGGAGAAGUUUUCACCUGUUACUGGGACGAUCUUCCUGACGGGAAUGAAGCUUUUUACGUUUCCGAGCAGACGUCUCAUCAUCCACCGAAAUCCUCGUAUUUUUACUUGGUUCCUAAGAGAAAGAUACGUGUUGACGGAACCGUAAUUCCUGUUUCAAAAUUUUUGGGAAACUCUUCGGCAGCCAUGAUGCAGGGGUGGGGUCAUGUAACUUUAGGAGAAUGGGGAAAUGAGGUUUACAUUAUGAACCAGCCCAAUGUCUACUGUCGUGGAAUUUUGUUUGGCAAGCUCAAAUACGAAUUAGGAGAUCACAUGAUUAUCAAGUGUCCUAAAACUGGCUAUGAAGCCGACAUUGAAUUUAAGACCAAAGGUUUCAUUGGAGGUACUUAUGAUGCUAUUGAUGGUUCGGUGAAAAAAUCCAAUUCCUCUGAAGUGUUAUAUAACAUAACCGGAAAGUGGAAUGAGGUCAUGUAUUCCAAGAAUUUGUCUACAGGGAAAACCGAAACAUUCUAUGAUACUUCCAAAUCCGUACGGUAUCUUCCAAAGGUUAGACCGUUGGAAGAGCAGUUUGAAUAUGAGUCUCGAAAGUUAUGGGGUCCUACAAUAAAAGGGUUAAGCGAGAGGAACCAUCAGCUAGCUACUGAAGAAAAAUUCAAAGUAGAAAACGAGCAGAGAGAACUUGCCAAGAAAAGGUUGGAAUCCGGUGUCGAGUUUCAUCCAAGGUUGUUUAGGGCCGUUGAUGAUAAGGAUAUGGGAAAUGAAGAUCUUGAAUUUAUGAUUUACAAAAAUUUCGAUUUGAAGGAAGACCCCGAAGUUUUGACCGAGAAAGUGUUUGAAAGUGUACCUAUACUUCCAGGACAAUCUCCUAAAGGAGAAUUCAACAUGCCAGCUUUUGAGAAAGCGAUUUAA